UUGUCGAGGCCUGAGUUUAGCCGAGUCUCUGGUGGGCGUGAGGAACGAGGUGGGCACAAGGGCCACUGUCUCCAGCACAACGUCUGGGUGACUCUCCCAAAUCCUUGCGCACCCGGAGAGUAGACCUCAUUGUCUCUCCUUUGGAGCGAAGAAAGCAAGGAUCAGCAAAGCUGAGUAGGGAAUCUAGUGUCCUAUGACCCACAGUGUGGAUUCGGGAUGUGGCUGUGACAUCUAAGGCGGAGACACCCAAGCCUCCGGUUUGUACGGAGGCUGCUGCAUCCCACCACUCCUCCACUCUGCUUUUAGAAAUGCGGCCAGGGCUAGGGCUCCAGGAGAGGCACCUGGUGUUCAGGAGAAGCUAAUUCCCAAGCUCGGGACGGGGGUGUGGCGCUGGGGUCACUCAUGGACCUGUGCAUGGCCUCUGGAGUUGGAGGAAGACCACAGAGAGUCAGGACGCUGGGGCACACAGGUGGGAGGGCGUGCGGGCGGCAGAAGCUGAUAGGGGCGGGAGCGGGGGACGUGGCAGCCACGGCGCCACAGAGAUCGCCCAGUGCCCGCGGCUCAGGCUCCCGCCCCCGUUGGCGGCGGCUCUACGCUUCUGCUUCUCCGGCUCCGAACCAGACGCAGCGGCAGCGGCCGCCCGGCGCGCUGCCUACACAGGAUCCCAGCCCGGGCGGCCCGCGGGCACCGGUAGCUUCCUGCCCCAUCAGUGGGGAGCAGAGGCGCACGAGGCUGUCACCGUUCCAGGAUCUCGCGUGUAGGGUGAGCGCCCCUCGGGUCUGGGGACGGUCAGCUGCAGGGCCAGCAGCACCCUCUGGGGUGUCCGAUGGGGCCUUCGCGGGGGAGCAGGGCCGAAGUUGGGACUGCACGCAGCGCGCCGGUGCUACUCAGCUGGACAUGUUGCCUCCUGGGCGCAAUGGCACCGCGCAUCGGGCGCGGCUGGGUUUGCAGCGGCAGCUGGCGCAGGCGGGAGCCCCGGGGGGCUCGGCGGCCCCGCUGGGACCCGCGCAGGUGGUCACCGCAGGCCUCCUGACUCUCCUCAUCGUCUGGACCUUGCUCGGCAAUGUGCUAGUGUGCGCAGCCAUCGUCCGCAGCCGCCACCUGCGCGCCAAGAUGACCAACAUCUUCAUCGUAUCCCUGGCUGUCUCGGACCUUUUCGUGGCGUUGCUGGUGAUGCCUUGGAAGGCUGUGGCUGAAGUGGCUGGGUAUUGGCCCUUUGGGGCGUUCUGCGACGUCUGGGUGGCCUUUGACAUCAUGUGCUCCACUGCCUCUAUCCUAAAUCUGUGUAUCAUCAGUGUAGACCGUUACUGGGCUAUUUCCAGGCCCUUCCGCUACGAGCGCAAGAUGACCCAGCGUGUAGCUCUGGUCAUGGUGGGCCUGGCCUGGACUUUGUCCAUCCUUAUCUCCUUCAUCCCGGUCCAACUCAAUUGGCACAGAGACAAGGCAGGCUCUCAGGGCCCCGAGGGCAUGUCGACAAAUGGGACGCCCUGGGAAGGAGGCUGGGAGCGAGAAGGGAGAACAGAGAACUGUGACUCCAGCCUGAACCGAACCUACGCCAUCUCCUCGUCGCUCAUCAGCUUCUACAUCCCGGUGGCUAUCAUGAUCGUAACCUACACGCGCAUCUACCGCAUUGCGCAGGUGCAGAUCCGCCGGAUCUCCUCCCUGGAGAGGGCAGCUGAGCAUGCUCAGAGUUGCCGGAGCCGCGGGGCCUGCGAACCUGACCCCAGCCUGCGAGCGUCCAUCAAGAAGGAGACUAAAGUCUUCAAAACCCUGUCAGUGAUCAUGGGGGUCUUCGUGUGCUGCUGGUUGCCUUUCUUCAUCCUGAACUGCAUGGUUCCUUUCUGCAGCAGUGGGGACACCCAGGGCCCAAGGACGGGUUUCUCGUGCGUCAGCGAGACCACUUUCGACAUAUUCGUUUGGUUUGGCUGGGCCAACUCUUCUCUCAACCCCAUCAUCUAUGCCUUUAACGCCGACUUCCGGAAGGUGUUCGCCCAGCUGCUGGGGUGCAGCCACCUCUGCUUCCGGACCCCGGUGCAGACGGUAAACAUCAGUAAUGAACUCAUCUCCUACAACCAAGACACGGCCUUCCACAAGGAGAUCGCUGCUGCUUAUGUCCACAUGAUCCCCAAUGCAGUGUCCCCUGGAGACAGGGAGGUGGGCGAGGAGGAGGAGGAGGAGGGGCCUUUCGAUCACAUGUCUCAAAUCUCUCCAACGACCCCAGAUGGUGACCUGGCUGCUGGCUCUGUCUGGGAGCUUGACUGUGAGGAGGAGGUCUCCUUAGGCAAGAUCUCACCUCUCUCUCCCAACUGUUUCCAUAAAACUGCUUAGAAACACCCUCAUGAGCAUAGACAAUUGCGGCCAUAGCUACACACAUACACACACACACAUGCACACACACAUGCACACACACAAAUAUACACUCCAAGUGUGCUGUAGUCUGGCUGUAUAGAAACUAAAUGAUUCUCACCUGAGAAAAUUAGCGGAGGCUGUUGGAAUAAACGCAGAUAUUCUGGACAAGGAAGAGAGUUUCCUUUAGGGAAGAGGAACUGGAUCCUGGCACUUUAAGAGCACACCUCAACUGAACCUUCCUAACAAAAGCUCGUUCUGUGACUUGUAUCAUCUGGGUUGUUUUUGUAAAUAACAGGUCUGAGUGGCAGUUGUUGGGGUGGGCUGAGACUUGGGUCUGUAGUCCUGUGUUCUGGAACUCCAUUAGUGCAGAUUGGGGGAGGGGGUGUCUUUUCUGUGUCUGGGAUUUCUUCCUGGUUUGUUCUAGUUUUUAACAAGUGCACAGUACAUGUGCUUGGGCUUGGGAGCCUGGAUGUCUGUCACCUUUGCCUUGCCAGCUGGUUGGUGCUCAGCAUUGCUCCUGGAGAAAUCACAAGCAUGCUCUUAAAAGACAGCUGAGUUUUGGAAUGCACAUUUGUUUGCCGAGCGGCUUUGCUUUCAGAGAACAUGCAGGACAAAGGGCCGUGAGGAACUGCUGAAUUCUUGCCUGUCUUUUUCCUAGUCACAGCAUCAGGGCACCCUGAGAGCUAGUUUCACCUCCACACUAUUAGAUGUGGACUUCUCAGGCCUGACACUCGGUUUUGUUUGGUCUUUUGGAACCUUCUCCUAGAAUCACAGGUGACAGUGGUCCUGAUUUCUAGACAGACACUCUCAGCACAUUGAAUAGACCACCUAGACUAACAACUCUGCGUUCUCCAUCCCUCAUCUGCAGUGUUUCAGAAUCAUGGCUUCAGUAAACCACAGUUUCUAGGGUCUUUUAGGUGCAAUAUGCUUCAAAAUGCUUCAAACCUGGAAUCCUGCUUUGAAGCAGAUGAUUUUCCUUGCAGACAGUAGCAAACAGAAUGAACUUCAACCCACAUGCAGAAAGCCAGAGGUGAUACAUGACUGAACGAACUUAUCAGGUGAGCGUCUCACAAAGGAUCCCACCUUUCUGUCUUUCUGCUUUCCCUCUCUGCACCGAGUACAGGAAAGUGUUCUUUAUUCCGGUAUGAUUUUACUAGACACAAAUUUUAAAAAAAAGUAUAAAAGCAAAUGAAAUGUGCAUAUAUAAGCUGCUACACGCCCCUGCUCCAAAGACAGUUUCUCAAGGACAGUUCAAUCAAUUUUGGUUUCCUUAUGGAUAACUGUAUUAUGAGUCUUCUGAUCAGGAGUGUCUUGUUCCCUGUAAAAUGUGCAAUGCCUGUCACAUCAUGCUUAAUAAAUGUUUGUUGAAUGAACCGUU